AUGAACCAGGACGUCCAGAACAUAGCCAGCUUGGCUCAUCAGCUCCAGCAGCAGCCUGCCGAAGACAACGACAACGCGAAUGGAGGCCUCAAGAGAAAGGCCGAGGAUGGCGGAAGCACUCAGCAACGAGCCCGGCGCAACAGAUACGUCUCGAUCGCGUGCAAUGAGUGCAAGCGACGCAAGAUCAAGUGCAAUGGCCAGACUCCCUGCCAGCGAUGCGGCAACCUGAACCUCGAAUGCGUGUAUGCGCCGAACUGCUGCAAUGGGUUCAAGGACUCGCAAGAGUAUAAAGAGAUGUCGAACCAGAUCGCAAUGCUUCAGGACCAAGUAAAUGCGCUUUACGAGGGUCUCAAUACAUUGCGCGCACAAAUGGGACAGGGAAUGGGCGUCGGACAGCAACCCACUCCAAUCGAUCCAUCGCUGCAAUCUGCACCUUACCCUUCGCAUCGCGGGUCAUACCCCAAUCUACACGCUUCGCCAGGCGCGAGUAUGCUGUCUCCGAGUGCACCACGACCUCGGAACCAGUCCCACAGCAAGCAGAAUAGCUUUCGAGGGCCUACAAGCUCCGCGUUCAACUUCGGGGUAGCGAAAAGCAGUCUGGAGACCAUGGGAAUCACAAGUCAGGGCGAUGAAGGGAACAAUGGCAGUGGAGGAGCGGGAACCGGCACAGCAGAAGUCACACCGGAUAGGUCUCCGGUCGGAAGCAACAUGCAGGUCUUGCAAAGUAUACAUGCACAGAAAGAUCCGAUCUGGAGCAUCUCACAGGAAGAGGCCCUGAGGCUUUGCAGGGUGUAUGAGGACGAAAUGGGGCUCAUGUACCCAGUUCUCGAUGUUAACAAAGUCGUGGACUAUGCGACCAAGCUAUACCGCUUCAUGGAGGCUGCGCAUCGAACGGGGCUCAUGCAACAAGGCCUACCGGGUGCCGAUUCGAUUGACGACGAAGACACUAACAUAUUGAAGCUUGUCCUGGCUACUGCCUUGACCGUAGAAGCUUGUGGUCGCAGCGAUCUUGGUCAACGCCUGUUCGAGUACGUACAGCCGGCGAUCGAUACGAUGCUUCUUGGUGCUGUUGGUGUGAAGGCGAUUCGUUUACUUACAAUGACGGCAAUGUACGAGUUCCAUCGCGACAACGAAGGCACAUCAUGGCGUAUCAUAGGCCUUACAGCCCGGCUCUGCAUCGAGCUUGGACUUCACCGACGGGAGACUUACGACGCGAUCAAAGACGAAUCGGAGCGUUCUGACACGGUGCUGCUCUUCUGGGCGAUCUAUGUCCUCGAUCGCCGUUGGAGCUUUGGUACAGGCAUGCCAUUCGCGCUUCAAGACUCGGAUAUUGAUCCUCAACUGCCCAAGCCUGAAGAGAGAUCGCCAUACCUCAGCGCCAUGAUUCAAUACUCGACUCUUAGCAGCAAAGUAUGGAAAUCUGUAGCUGCCCCAAUGUCGCCUUCUCGUGGCGGCGUACCUAUCAACACCGACGACAUGAGCUACUUGGACUACCAGAUCAUCCAAUGGCACAAGAACAUUCCAGCACAUCUCCGCUUCGAGCAUCCUACCGACGGCGCCAGGGCAUCAACUCCCAUCGGACCAGCACCAUCUCGCGCUGGCCACCGACUGCGCAUCAUACUGUACCUUCGAGCUAAUCAGAUGCGAAUCCUGAUUUAUCGACCAGUGCUGCAUUCUGCCACUUCCAUCAUGCAAAAUCGCGAACAAGCGCAAAAUGCCGUGAACCUUGCAAAGGACACAGUACGGGUGCUGACGCACAUCAAUCAAACAUCUGACCUGUAUCGAACGCAACAGGUCCUGUUCAACGCUUUCCUCACAUCAGCACUGGCUGUGCUCUUCUUGGCCGUCAGCCAUGCUCCCGCCCUGUUUGCUGACGAUGUGCGCGAGGAGUUCUACAUGGCACUUGAGCUGGUGCGCGGCUUCAGUAAGGGUAGCUGGGUGAGCAAGCGGUUGUGGAAGACGAUCCGCGUGCUGAAGGAAGUUGGCCCUAAGCUUGGGCUACCUGUCAAAGAUUUGACCAACGGGCAGUCGAACAACAAGUCCGCGAAAGACGAUCUCGAGUCCAGUCGUUCUGCUGCUGUCGCCAUGGCUGGACUAGCAGGUCACAACGUGGACGAGUUGUCACUGUACAACGGCACACCGCAACAGAACUGGUCGGCUCCGGCAGGUUCGAGCAGCAGCCCCGAAGGCAUGGUACACGACUUGACAAGCCUUUUUGAAGCAGCGGGAGGCUACCAGGGCAUUGGCAUGAACAACGGCAGUCAAGACGGAGCGUACCCGAGCGGGGGCGUGCAUUCGGAGGGGAUGGAGGGGUACGGCGGCGACGAUGGAUUGACGAACAUUCUGAAGGAGUUGUUCUAG